CUUCAAACAGAAGCUGUACUGGUUACUGGUUUCAGAGGUGAAGAAAAUACAGCUGAAGAUGCUUGUUUACUAUCCAUGCAGUAACCUCUGGACAGCCAGUAAUCCAUUCAUUAUCCACAGUGAUUGAGUGCAGGAGUAGUGCAGUGGUAACCACUUCGCUCAGCUGACGGCAGAAGACAAAAGGAGGGAAAUGAUGAAUUCGGACAAUUUAACCUCCCAGAGCUUCCUCUCUGCGAUUCACAGCAACACCAGCAAUUUAUUCUCAGGGCUCCAGUUUGUUCAGUCCUUCAAGCCACUCAUCAUCCCCUGCUACUCGCUAGUGGUUUUUAUUGGUGUCAUUGGGAACUACCUUCUCAUUUAUGUUAUCUGCAAGACAAAAAAGAUGCACAAUGUCACCAACUUCCUGGUAGGCAAUCUGGCUUUCUCCGACAUGCUCAUGUGUGCAACCUGCGUGCCCCUGACUCUCGCCUAUGCCUUUGAGCCCAGAGGAUGGGUGUACGGGCGUUUCAUGUGCUACUUUGUUUUCCUGAUGCAACCCGUCACUGUGUUUGUGUCUGUCUUUACCUUGACUGUCAUAGCUGUGGAUAGGUAUUACGCCAUGGUGUACCCAUUCCGCAGGAGGCUCACAAUCCCUAUUUGUGCUUAUAUCCUGGCUGCUAUUUGGCUGCUGAGCUGUACCUUGGCUGCCCCAGCCUUGGUCCACACUUAUCACGCAGAGUUCCCAGAACUGGACUUCUCUAUCUGUGAGGAGUUUUGGUUCCACAUGAAAAGAGAUCGCUUAGCUUAUGCCUACAGCACUCUCAUCAUCACCUACGUACUGCCUUUGGCUGUCAUUUCCCUGUCCUACCUGAGGAUCUCUGUCAAGCUGAAGAACCGUGUAGUCCCUGGCAAUGUCACCCAGGGCCAAGCUGAAUGGGAUCGAGCAAGGAGGAGAAAGACUUUUCGCUUGCUAGUCUUAGUGGUGGCAGCCUUUGGAGUCUGUUGGCUGCCUCUGCACAUCUUCAACAUGAUAAAGGACAUUGACAUCAGCUUGAUUGACAAGCAAUAUUUCAACUUCAUCCAGCUGCUGUGCCACUGGUUUGCAAUGAUGUCUGCUUGUACCAAUGCCUUCCUCUAUGCCUGGCUCCAUGACAGCUUUAGGGGGGAGCUGAAGAAAAUGUUUGCCUGGAAGAAGAAGAAAAUUGGACCCACUGCAAACUGCAUUAUGGCCAGUGUGGUGCUGUAAAAGAGAGCUGGUGGGAGUGCACUUCCUUAAUAUGGUAAAACUGGAACGAAGAAAAGGAGAUGAUGGCUUUAAUUCCUACAUCUACAUUUCCUACAUUUCCAUUAGGCACUGGAGAUGUUUCAUCAGCAGCUAGCAGGUCUGCAAAGAGAAGC